CGCCUCUCACCGGACAAAAAUUCCGCUAUGGGGAGAAGUUCGCCUGUGGGAACAUGGCGCACGCAGUCUGGAUUAACUUUCACUCAGAGAAACUUUGGAGCACCGCUGCAUAGCACACAAGCCUCUCACUCUCAAGUUUAUUGGUAACAUAUACCGCUGGAUAACCUACAGUGGACUUGUACCCUGGCUUUGGAUGACUGUUUUUCUCUGUCUCUCUGCUGCUGCUGCGGGAUGAAAGUUUAGAGCUCCGGUCGCCGGAUUUAGCAGAGAUGGAAAAGCCAAGAACGAGGAAAGAGAAGUUCUCUCUUUUUGGUUCUCGCUCCACCAGCAGGACCACCGACCCUUCUUCGCCAUCGACCUCUUCUCCUGCACCUGUGAUCCUUUCAGCCCAGAUGGUAAAAAGAGCCGAUCGACUGUCUGGCACUGGACCCCCAGCCCUUAGCAAAGCUGAAUUUCUCGAGCGGGUGCGUCGCAGUAAUCAGGCCUGCCAGCAGGGGGAAUUUGAACUGGCUGUUCGCCUUUACAGUGAAGCCCUGACUGCCGAUCCCCAAAACUGCAUUUUGUACAGUAACCGCUCUGCAGCAUAUCUGAGACUGGGCGAGUACAGCACUGCGUUGGAUGAUGCAAUCAAAGCACGACUCAUCAACCCCAAAUGGCCCAAGGUAAGAGGUUGGACCCUCGGCCAAUCACACAUUUCAAAUGAGAUUGUGGUAAAGUUGCUGUUCCUGAGACUUUCUUAAAUGAAUGUGAGAAGGAUGUAUGGCUUGUGUGUAUACUGAAAAGCAAAAAAACUGCUAACUAUAAACACUUAGAAUCAAUAUGCUAUCCUCUGUGAAAGCUCAGCCUCAUUUUAUGCGCAGGUUGUCAUGUGAUGGUGAUCUUUGAUCAAGUUCAUUUUUGAACUUGGACUUUAAUGAUCUGCGUGCAGCUCAGAACGAAGCAGACCCUUGUUUUCUCUCUUUCCUUUCAAAAUCUCGUCAGAUGGUGUGUUUUUCUAGAGUUUGAAUUUUUAACAGUGUGUGACAGCUGAAUAGAGGUCUACUAUUUAGAUGCUGCAGCCUGCUUGUUGUGCUUUUUAUAACAUGUUGUUUAUCUUGUCCUUUAUAGUCUUUCUUUGUUUGGCAGCUGUUUAAAAAGGAAAGCACACACAUGGAUCUCAGAGAUGUCCCUGUAAAUAUGCAAGGAUUAGGAGAAACAUUGUGAUGACAGUGAUGAUAGAGAGCUGGACUAUUUAUGUUCACUGCUAAUGUAUCAGUACUAUUUUUUUCCUGUUGUACAAAGAUCAUAUUUUGGAUAUUGAAGAAGUAUGUAACAAGUAGGUUUCUCAGCUAUCACACAUUUUUUCUUACUAUAUCACAAUCCCAGCAUUGUUAGUGAAGGAAACAAUGGUGCUAACACCCAGCAACAUGCUUCUUAUGGUCUCAUGUGGGGGCACUAUGGCCAGAGCCACAUGACCCACAGUGGGCAGCCCACUGUGGGGAUAAAUACUGAUGGAAAAUGUAGGCAGAUGUUCACUAAGCAAAGAGGGGCCCACAAUGUAACUUCUAAGUCCCAGAGAGCAAAACUUCUAUUGGGUUUGCCCUAAAAACAAAACAGAGGCGGGGGACAAAAUGUGAUCACGUAAAAAUUAGGGUUGAGACUAUCACUCUUGUGCAUCGCAGAAAGUACAUUUAAGUACUUCUUUACACUUGAAGUGGCUCUCUACAUCUUACAAAACAGUGAGCACUGAAGGACAGCAAAUGCUCUGUGAGUCUUUUACAGCCAUUCAGAGGAGGAAGUAGGCAGGCAGGAGACUGGGUUUGCCAGGCUACCUCUGUCUGGACAGCUGGGGCUCGGCCAGUUCGACUCCACUUCCUUUCUCUGUGAGAGAGAAUGGACGGAAGUGGUGUGUGUGUGCGUGUGUGUGCGUGUGUGCGUGUGUGUGUGUGUGUGUGUGUGUGUGUGUGUGUGUGUGAGUGAGUGAGUGAAAACCUUGCACGGUUGUUAGUUUGUUUUUGAAACCCUGGCUAGGCCUUGGCCUGAGUUUGGCACUUAAAGACAAUAACAGAAGCAGCAUUCCUGUGUCUGUGCUUGUAUAGUGGCGGUGUCAUAGCAGUGUGCUUGCUGCAGCAUUUGCUGUGGGUCAAAGGCAAGAUCAAGACUAAUGAACUACCAAUAAGAGGGGGU